CCGCCCGGCCAACCGCCGCCAAAUGCCGAACAAAUCGAACAGAUGAAAGCCCAAAUCGCCGCAGAAGCAGAAAAAGCCGGAGUCUCCAUUGAAGAAUACGUUGACAGGAUUAAACAACAAGUCAUGGCCCGCCAACAGCAGGCCGCACAAGCUGCGCAGGCCGCUCAGCAGCAAGGACAACCCGGAGCUCCACCACAACAACAGGGAGCACAGCCUGGACAACAAGUACCCAUCGCUCCAGGUCCACCCAAACCUGAAGCAAUCGCUCUGGCCAAUUUCCUCCAGGGGCAGGAUCUCAAGACGAGGACCUGUAUCUUUCAGGAUCAGCGAAAGGAGAUGUUCAAGGUGAAGCGUGCGAUUCGCGCGUUGCAUUCGGAUGCGUAUAAGAAGGCUCGAGCGAAGAAUCCGUUGUUGCCGGAGGUCACGGAUCGAGUUACGGCGGAGAACACAUUCAAGAAGCUGCCGCUUUCUCUGCUGGCACUGCGAGUCGAGAAGGAUGAUCCUCAUGCUGGACACGACCAUGGUCCUGUGAAAGGGAAGCGAACAAAGGGACUGUGGACGGUCAAGGUGGUGCCGCAGCAGGAGGCCGCGGAUGAAUUCUAUUAUGUCUGGAUGUAUGAGGGAGCGCAGUGGAAGAACAAGCUGUACGCGGGUGGUGCGUUGCUGCUGAUUCUGCUCGUUGUCUUCUUCCCCGUCUGGCCGUACAAGCUGCGUAUCGGAGUGUGGUAUCUCAGUAUGGCCAUGCUCGGACUACUGGGACUGUUCUUCGCCAUGGCUAUCGUCCGACUGAUCAUCUUCCUGGCUACCAUGUUCACCGUCAAACCCGGUCUCUGGCUCUACCCGAAUCUCUUCGAGGAUGUGGGCUUCUUCGACUCAUUCAAGCCGUUGUGGGCAUGGCAUGAGGACGAGGCGGCGAUGAAGAAGCGCAAGAAGGAGGAACGCGAGAAGAAAAAGCAGAGACGUGAGGCGAAGAGUGCGGCCAAGUCUGGGAAGAGCGCGAAGCAAGCACCGGCACAGCCUAUCGCUGCCACGCCCGCUACGACUGCAACCGGCACGGAUAGUGCGACAUCACAAGGAAAUACAUCGGUCCAGCAACGAAAUCUCAAGGCGCAGGUGGAAGAGGUCGAGUCGGAU